AUGCCGGCCAAGCUCGAGACCUUGCUGUACUGGGUCUCCACUCUGCCGCUGCCGUCGACCUUGCUGGUGACGUCGGCAGACGACCUGGCGGAUGGUGUGGUAGUCCAUGACUUGGCGGACAUCAUCGGGCUAUGUGCGAGGGCCACACGUCCGCUGGAGCCCGAUGAGGCCGCCGCGCAGGUGGCCGCCGCCUCGCCGGCCCUCGACCCCGGGUUUAGAUCGUCGCUGGCGUUCUGGAAGGAGGCGCUCGCCACGCUCGCACGCGGCGUCUCGCGUGCAGAGCUGGAUAGCAACUACUACAAUGCCGCUCGUUGCGCUGGUGCUGACGAGCUCGCACUGGCAUAUGUCCUGGAUCUGGCAAGAAUCCGGAUGGCUAAGCUCGGCAUCGAUGCUGAGUCGAUGGGGAAUCCGCUGGCGUCGGCGUCGGUGGUCUCAGAUGCCGCCGCCAAUGCUGCUGCUGCUGCCGAAGCGCUGGCCCGCUCGGUGCGCUCAGAGCCGGUGGCGGCGGUCACUGAGGCCGACUCGAGUCCAGCACCCAAUCCAGCGCUGUCCAAGGCUGAGGACGAGCUCGCCUCGAUGUUUGCUUCGCUCUCGCGCUACCGGCGAACGCCGCUUUGUCCGCCGCCGUCGUGGGAUUUGGAUGGUAUUGAUCCAAGCUCGGGCCAGUUUUACAUGCCAGCUGCGCUUGAGUUUGACCUGGACGCUGAGCCUGGAAAGACCAAGGUGACCCGGCGAGGGACGAGCAUCCCGCGGCCGUCGCAGGUUGCGCCGCGGUCGUCGGUCGAGGCUGCAGCAGUUGCAGGCGACAACUCGAGCGAGCGAUGUGCGGACUCGCGGAAAGCUACCGUUGCGCAGAAGCAGAAGCAGAAGCAGAAGCAGAAGCAGAAGCAGCAGCGGCCGCCGCCACGUCACCAGACUUCGCGUCGCAAGGCGUCGCGCAAGGCGUCCCCCGCCCGCAAGACGUCGUGCAAAGAGGCUGAGCGUGGGCGCAAGACGGCAAGCAAGAAGAACAAAGUGACGUCCCGGCCUCGCGUCGAAGUGUCGACGGAUCCAGGGCUCUCGCAACGGCGGGUUGCAGACAUCUGCACGUGGUUGUUCAUGGUCGGCGUGCCUCUGGACGAGGUCUCGAACAGCGAGACGCCACCGCAGGCGCUGAGGACAGGUGCGCCAUCGUGGGCAGUCAUCGAGCAUUGGCUCACCACCGUAGGCUCGAAGGCUGGCGCUGUGGCCGCGUCGCUCGCCGACGGCGUGCUUCUGUGUAAGCUUGUCGAGCGAGUCGGGGUCCAGUCGCGGCGCGGCAUUGCCGGCGUGGCUGAGCGGCCACGGUCGCUUGCGGCGCGGCGGGCCAACUUUAAGCGCGCGCUCGGGGCGCUCAAGGACACGAAGGGCUUGCCGCCGGCACUGCUGUUUGCCGACGACGCGCUAGCUGCCGGCGACGUGGGUCAGCUGUUUGCGCUGCUCGACGCGCUCUUUGAGGCCUUUGGCGGUGCGCGCGAGGUUGAUCUCGCACGGGCGUCAUCGCGGGCUGUGCGCAAGCCGCGGCGGUCGGCCAAGCGGAGCUCGUCACGGCGCGAGGCUGGCGAGCCACAGCCGCGGCCCGAGCCGCAGCCCCAGCCGCAGCCGCGACGAGUCCGGCCAGUCUCGCGCUCGCCACGGACGCCGCGAGCCACGAGUCGGCGCCAUGCCGCCGAUCCUGCAAGUACAGUGGAUCCGGCGCCGCAACCACCGGCCCAGCGCCCGCUGUCGUCGUCGCGCAAGCCUGCUGGACGCCGGGCGCGACCGAAGCGUGUAAGUAAGGCAGUCCAAAGCGUGUCGCCAGAUCCGCUCCCAGCGGCGACGCCGCCACCCAAGCCCGAGCCCGAGCCUGGGCUUGAAGCAGGACUCUCGCCAGCGUCUACACUCACGGCAGCACUGCCGUCACCAGAGCCCGAGUUGGGAAGUCGUGGACAGGUCCGUGGCCUUUUGGCGCGUGACGCGGUGACGCUGGAAUGGAUUCGCGACGUUGGCGGCCUACUCGACGACCAGCUGCGAGCAAGAGAUGACGACGUGCUCAACUCGCCGCUGCGCAACGGGGUGACGCUUUGUUCGCUCUUGCUCGCGCUGGGGCUCGCGCCAGUCUCAUACGUGGUCGCACCCAAGAGUCUGGAGGAGGCGUGGACCAAUUGGGAGCGUGGCCUUGCUGUGCUCCGGGCGCGGACUGACGUCGACCCGCGGUAUUUGUGGGCGACAGAGGAGUUUAUCACCGGCGACGAGGCGCUGCUCUUUGGCCUUUUCAAUGAGCUCCGGCGGGUAUUUGGCGGCUCGGCCCAAGCUAGCAGCAGCGAAAGUGGGUGGAUCCGCGGCGAGCAGUCGCCGCGGCUUCGGUCGCGUGCGGCAGCCAGCGCGCGCCAGCUUUUGCAGUGGAUCCGAGCGCUUGGCUGCAUCGACUCGACUGUUCCGCUCAACUCGCUCGGUGAGGCUUAUCUCAUCAGCGAGGCGUCGCGCGGCACUCUGCUCUGCGAUCUGGUCGGUGUGGUGCUGGGGAUCGAGCUGCGCGGAGUGAUGCGGCACCCACGGACGCUCACGUCUCAGGUGAGCAACGUCCGGCUCGCGCUCGAGGCGCUGCGGACGGUGACCGACUUUCCGCACGCGUAUCUCUCGUGUGAGACCGAGAUCGGGUCUGGCGACGCUGUUGCCAUUUUUGGUCUCCUUCGGCACAUGUACGACACGUUUGGCGGGCAGGCGAGCGAGAUGGCGCAGGCGACCGAGGCUACUGAGGCACCGUCGCCAGCGCGUGACCUGCCUUUGUCGCCCAAGCGUGGCUCGCCGGGGCGAAGCACGGCAACCGACGCCGACCUUACUCGCGAGCUCCUCGACUGGCUGCACAAGCUCGGGUUCGGCGGACUCUCUUCAAACGACCUCGCGCCGGCGAGCCUGCGCCCGCUCUUCUCGGACGGCACGUUCCUCACUGAUGUGGUGGCCGCUGUCGAGGGAGGCCCACUGCCGGGCGUCCAUACGUCGCCGCGGACCCACGCCGAGGCUAUGCACAACAUCACGCUUGCGCUGGAUAAGCUUCGGGCCAACAAGCGGAUGCCGUGGAACCAUCUCUGGUCGCCGCAUGAUGUGCAGGCCGGCAACGCUCACCUUGUUCUCCCGCUCCUGCACGACAUCCGGGCGGCGUAUGGUGAUCCGCGCGGCUCAGCGGCGCUGCUUCCGACGUUUUGGUAAAGACUACUCGAUGGCC